AUUCACCCUGGGAGGAGAGUGUGAGAAAGUGCUUUUUUUUUCUUCCCUUGAGGUGAAACUAAACUGUGGAGGGAGUGUUCGCUCCUUUUAUUUUUUUUUUUCAGAUCCACAAUAAGUUGAAGGAAAUCUCUCCUUCAGUACCUGCGCGGAGGGAUAAUAUCCGCGGCGCGUGAGAAGUCAUUCGGAAGAGCGCGCUCUCGGAGUCCCACGCGCCAGUGACGUCAGCGGCGCGCUACAAACGGAGAAGCGAGCCAGAGUUUCCCACGAGCGGACGCUCCAGAGAGAGGUCGGGAUUUAUUUAUUAAUUAACACGGAUAUUUAUCCUAACUCUCUUGCACUUUCUGGAGAUUUAACGAAGACUUCUGGGGAUCUAUGAGAGCUUCAGGAAGGAUUUUAAAGAAGUUGUAAGGCCGAGGCGGAGUUAUGAACCGUUUGUUGGUGAAAUUAACGCUACUGACGGCAGCAUCGCUCGCGACGGUGGCACAAGGGCAAAGAUGCUCAGAUUACUGUCAGAAUGGAGGAAUAUGUGAGCUCAAGCCGAGCGGAGAAGCAUCAUGCAGGUGUCCCGCAGACUUCGUCGGCCCCCAGUGUCAGUUCCCGAACCCCUGCAGCCCGUCUCAGUGUCGUAACGGAGGUGUGUGUCGCACACGGAUAAAGGGCAAUGACGUGGAGCCGGUCUGUGACUGCGUGUUGGGAUACAGCGGCCCGCUCUGUCUGACGCCCGUCAAUCACGCCUGCAUGGGCUCCAUUUGCCAAAACGGUGGGACAUGCUCUCUGCUCACGCUCCAGACCUUUACCUGCCGCUGCCCACCUGGAUGGUCAGGUAAAACAUGCCAACAGGCCGAUCCGUGUGCGUCGAACCCUUGCGCCAACGGCGGACAGUGUUCAGUGUUCGAGUCACACUACAUCUGCACCUGCCCUCCUAACUUCCACGGACAGACGUGUCGGCAGGACGUGAAUGAGUGCGCCCUCUUGCCCUCCCCCUGCCGGAAUGGAGGCACCUGUAUGAACGAGGUGGGAUCGUACCUGUGCCGCUGCCCACCUGAGUACGCCGGCACACACUGCGAGCGCCUCUACCAUCCGUGCCACCCCUCGCCCUGCAGGAACGGAGGCACCUGCUCACAGACCAGUGACACCACCUAUGCCUGCACUUGUCUGUCAGGGUUCACGGGUCAGACGUGUGAGCAUAAUGUUGACGACUGCUCCCAGCAUGCCUGUGAGAAUGGAGGCAGGUGUAUCGACGGCGUCAACACCUACAACUGCCACUGCGACAAACACUGGACCGGUCAGUACUGUACAGAGGACGUGGACGAGUGCGAGCUCUCUCCUAACGCUUGUCAGAACGGAGGGACGUGUCACAACACCAUCGGCGGCUUUCACUGCGUGUGUGUGAACGGCUGGACGGGCGACGACUGCAGCGAGAACAUCGACGACUGCGCCAGCGCUGCAUGCUCGCAGGGGGCCACCUGCCACGACAGAGUCGCAUCUUUCUUCUGCGAGUGUCCACACGGACGCACAGGUCUUCUGUGUCAUCUUGACGAUGCCUGCAUCAGUAAUCCAUGUCAGAAGGGCUCAAACUGCGACACGAACCCGGUGAGCGGAAAAGCCAUCUGCACCUGUCCUCCAGGAUACACAGGAUCUGCCUGCAACCAAGACAUCGAUGAGUGCUCGCUCGGAGCGAACCCAUGUGAGCAUGGCGGACGGUGUCUCAACACUAAAGGCUCAUUCCAGUGCAAGUGUCUUCAAGGUUAUGAAGGUCCACGCUGUGAAAUGGACGUCAACGAGUGCAAGUCGAACCCCUGUCAGAACGACGCCACCUGCCUCGACCAGAUCGGUGGAUUCCACUGCAUCUGCAUGCCAGGUUACGAGGGUGUGUUUUGUCAAAUAAACACAGAUAACUGUGCAUCACAACCUUGCCUCAACAAUGGAAAAUGCAUGGACAAGAUCAACUCAUUCCACUGUGAAUGUCCUAAAGGGUUCUCUGGGAGUCUGUGUCAGGUGGAUGUGGACGAGUGUGCCAGCACACCGUGUAAAAAUGGUGCUAAAUGCACAGACGGACCUAACAAAUACACCUGCGAAUGCACUCCAGGGUUUGCUGGCGUUCACUGUGAGCUGGACAUCAAUGAGUGCAUUUCGAGCCCUUGUCAUUACGGUGUGUGUCGGGACGGUGUGGCCGCUUUCACCUGUGAUUGUCGCCCCGGAUACACGGGCCGCCUGUGCGAGACCAACAUAAACGAGUGCUUGAGCCAACCCUGCCGAAAUGGAGGCACCUGCCAGGACAGAGAGAACGCCUACACCUGUACCUGUCCUAAAGGAACCACAGGAAUGAACUGUGAGAUAAACAUUGACGACUGCAAGAGUAAACCGUGCGACUACGGAAAGUGCAUCGACAAGAUCAACAGCUACGAGUGUGUGUGUGAACCCGGAUACACAGGCUCAAUGUGUAACAUCAACAUUGACGACUGCGCGUUAAACCCGUGUCACAACGGCGGCACCUGCAUCGACGGCAUCAACAGCUUCACCUGCCUCUGUCCCGAGGGUUUCCGUGACGCCACCUGCCUCUCCAAACACAACGAGUGCUCCAGCAACCCCUGUAUCCACGGCAACUGCCUGGACCAGAUCAGCAGCUACAGAUGCAUGUGUGAGGCCGGCUGGACGGGACGCAACUGCGACAUCAACAUCAACGAGUGUCUGUCCAACCCGUGUGUGAACGGAGGCACCUGUAAGGACAUGACCAGCGGCUACGUGUGCACCUGCAGAGCCGGCUUCAGCGGUCCCAACUGCCAGACAAAUAUUAACGAGUGUGCGUCCAACCCCUGCCUAAACCAGGGCUCCUGCAUCGACGACGUGGCCGGAUUCAAGUGCAACUGCAUGCUGCCUUACACAGGCGAGGUCUGUGAGAGUGUUUUGGCUCCCUGUGCUCCACGUCAUUGUAAGAACGGAGGUGUCUGUCGUGAGUCUGAGGAUUUUCAGAGCUUCUCUUGUGCUUGUCCUGCUGGAUGGCAAGGCCAGACGUGUGAGGUGGAUAUUAACGAGUGUGUGAGGAAUCCUUGCACUAACGGAGGAGUGUGUGAGAACCUGCGUGGAGGAUAUAAGUGCCACUGCAACCCCGGAUUCAGCGGAGAUCUGUGCCAGAAUGACAUCGACGACUGCGAGCCAAAUCCGUGCAGUAACGGCGGUGUGUGUCAGGACCGUGUGAACGGCUUUGUGUGUGUGUGUUUGGCUGGUUUCCGUGAGCGCUGUGCAGAGGACAUCGACGAGUGUGUGAGCGCCCCCUGCCGAAAUGGAGGGAACUGCACCGACUGCGUCAACAGCUACACCUGCAGCUGCUCGGUAGGAUUCAGCGGCAUCAACUGUGAGAUCAACACACCCGACUGCACUGAGAGCUCUUGUUUUAAUGGCGGUACAUGUGUGGAUGGCAUAAACUCUUUCUCAUGCUUGUGUUUGCCGGGAUUCACCGGGAAUUACUGCCAGCAUGACGUUAACGAGUGCGACUCGCGGCCGUGUCAAAACGGAGGCACCUGUCAGGAUGGAUACGGCACUUACAAAUGCACCUGCCCUCACGGAUACACCGGACUCAACUGCCAGAGUCUGGUGCGCUGGUGUGACUCUUCCCCCUGUAAGAACGGUGGCUCAUGUUGGCAGCAGGGGGCGUCUUUCACCUGCCAGUGUGCCAGCGGCUGGACGGGCAUCUACUGUGACGUCCCCAGUGUCAGCUGUGAGGUCGCUGCCAAGCAGCAAGGAGUGUCUGUGGCCGUUCUGUGCCGUAACGCGGGUCAGUGUGUUGAUGUGGGUAACACACACCUGUGCAGAUGCCAGGCCGGAUACAAGGGCAGCUACUGUCAGGAGCAGGUGGACGAGUGCAUGCCGAACCCCUGCCAGAACGGAGCCACCUGCACCGAUUACCUGGGAGGAUACAGCUGUGAGUGCGUUCCUGGAUAUCACGGAGUCAACUGUAGUAAGGAGAUAAACGAGUGUCUGUCUCAACCCUGUCAGAACGGAGGAACCUGCAUCGACCUCAAACACGUACAAUGCUCCUGUCCGCGGGGAACGCAAGGGGUUCACUGUGAGAUUGACGUCGAUGACUGUUCCCCGGCCGUGGAUCCGUUAACCGGCGAGCCACGCUGUUUUAACGGCGGCCGCUGUGUUGACCGCGUUGGAGGUUACGGCUGUGUGUGUCCGGCUGGGUUUGUGGGCGAGCGAUGCGAGGGCGAUGUCAAUGAGUGCCUGUCUGACCCCUGUGACCCCAACGGAUCCUACAACUGCGUUCAGCUCAUCAACGACUUCCGCUGCGAAUGCCGCACAGGAUACACCGGUACAAAUUUGAAUGAGCACAAAUGAUCACAUUUGCAUUGAAAAU